AUGGCGGCCGCCGCUGCCGCCGGGCUCGCGCCCCGGGCCGCCGCCGGCUCCGUCGCCUGCCGCCCCGCCGGCCCCGCAGCUCCGGCCUCGACCCCGGCCUCCCGCCGCCGCCGCCACCGCCGCUCCAGCUUCGCCGCCCGCCCGCCCGCCCGGCCGACGCCGACGUCCACGUCCGGUGCCUCGCCCGACGCGCUCCGCCGGCCGCUCAGCCCGCAACGCAGGUUCCGGCCUCAGGGCGGCCUUGCGCGCCUGCGCGGCCGCGGCGCCGGCCCCGCCCCCGCGCGGCCGCGCGCAGACGCCGUGCACCCGCCUACUGCGCACGCAGACCAGCUAGGAGUGCGGGCUGUGCGGGACGGUAUCUUCGACGCUGCAGGAGGCCGAAAGCCACACCUCUUCAUGGACAGCACCCCCACUUCAAGCCAUACAGGUCUCCACUCCCCAGAGGACAAGGCUGGUGCCCGGGGGUGCAGACACUGCCCUGCUCGGGGCAGAGGCCAGCCCCAGCGUCCUCUCCCUGUGGCGGUCAGCUGCCUCAAGUACCUGAUCUUCCUCUCCAACUUCCUCUUCUCCCUGCUGGCCCUGCUGGCCCUGGCUGUGGGGCUCUGGGGCCUGACCGUGAAGGGGUCUCUGGGCAGCGACUUGGGGAGGCCCCUCCCUGCAGGCCCCAUGCUGGGGCUGGUCCUGAGCGGGCUGGCAGUCAGUGCCGUGAGUCUGGCCGGCUGCCUGGGCGCCCUCUGUGAGCACGCUGGCCUGCUAUGCUGCUUCUCCUGGGGUGUCUUUGCCUUCCUGGGGCUUGAGGCCCUGGCAGGUGCCCUGCUAUUGGCACUCUGGGGUCCUCUGCAGAGCGGCCUGGAGCUUGCCCUGCGGGUGGCCAUUACCCACUACCAGGAUGAACCAGACCUGCACUUCCUGCUCGAUCAAGUCCAGCUGGGGCUGCAAUGCUGCGGGGUGGUGUCCUACCAAGACUGGCGAGAGAACCCGGACUUCAACUGCAGCUCCCCAGGCGUGCAGGCCUGCAGCCUGCCUGCCUCCUGCUGUGUCGACCCCCGUGAGGGCGGUACCUCUAUCAACAACCAGUGUGGCACCGGGGUACUGCGCCAGGAAGAGGCUGCAGCCCGGAAGGUGGUGUACCUGGACGGUUGCGGGCCUCGCCUCCGGCAGUGGCUGCAUAGCAGUGCCCGUGCUCUGGGCAGCUUCCUCAUUGCAGUGGCGCUGGUGCAAGGCACCGAGCUCCUGAUGGCCAUGCAGCUGGCCUGGGCCCUCACUACCCGCGAGGGGGAGCUGGCGAGACCUGACUGGCCGGUGACGUGGAAGUGA